AUGCCUGAAAAGCCUCGAAUUCAAGAACCAUUCAUCACUAGAGAUACUGGAACACUGAUUCUGUUGAUGGGUCAGACGGGGGCGGGGAAGAGCCACUUCAUCAACGUUGCUGCUGGUAGAGUUCUUGCGACUGUCAACGAUAACCAGACAUCGAUGGAUCCCGAAAUCAACUCUUUUGUUGUCCGAAAUUUCAACAAGCGCUCAGGUCCCUCCGACCUUGUUCUCGUCGAUACACCUGGUUUUGAUCACAUUUACCUGUCGGAUAGUGAUAUCUUGAAGCUGAUCGCGGAAUGGUUGUAUACUUCGUGCAGCUUGGACGUGUCAUUCGGCGGUGUCGUUUAUCUUCAUGACAUAACACAAGAUAGGGUUGCAAAGCACUGGCCGAUGGACUAUUUGAAGUCCCCAGAACCCGCGAAGCAUCUUCUACUGACAACCGUGAAAUGGGACAGAGAUUCGACAGGGACAGAGAGCUAUACGGCGCGAGAGAACGAGCUGAGAGAAAAUGUGUGGAGAAGGGUGCUGGCAGGAGGCGCCAGAAUAUGCCAGUUUCGGAAUACACGGGAUUCAGCUUGGGAGGUCAUAAACAACCUCCUAAGGUUGAAGCCGCUGGAACUGCACAUGUUUGAGCAAGAGCUGAAUAGGCUUAGUGGUCAUGCAAUCAGGGGAACCGCGAAACCGCCAGCGAAGAAAAAGGGUAUCUUCGCGAAACUCUUUGGCUUCUGGCGCAAGUAA